AUGGUGGCAGCAUCACGGCCUCGAACUGCAUACAGCUUGACAGAUACGACUCCAGCCCGGACUGUUUGGGUAUACCGUAAUGGUGACCCUUUCUACUUGGGAAGGAAGUUUGUGAUCAACCAUCGAUAUGUUCGCACGUUUGAAGCCUUUCUAAUACAGCUGAAUGAAGGUGUGCCCACACCUUUUGGGGUGAGGAAUGUCUACACACCCCGAGAAGGGCAUUCUGUUAAAGACCUGCCUGAGUUGCAAUCAGGAGGCAAAUAUGUGGCUGCCGGAAGGGAACAGUUUAGGAAAUUGAAUGUUUUCACAAAUGGAGAUACGUUGAUAGCACCUGUAAAAAUUCUUAUACCCAGGUUUAUUCUGACGAAGUGGGAUCGAGUCCUUGGAAUGAUAAAUGAAAAAGUAAUUCUUCGCUGUGGACGUAUUCAUAGGCUGUACACUUUACAUGGCCACCUUGUACAUGGACCAGAGGAGUUAGAAGAUAAUCAAUUUUAUAUUGCAUGUAGUAAAGAAAAAUUUCAAUCUUUGCGCUACUGGCAGCAUCCUAAAGUUCCAGGGCAUAUUCGACGGAAUUUUGAUCACAGGACUCCAAAACUUCGAAAAUCCCCCAAAAGAAAAGGAUCGGACACCCACACCAGCCGCUCAAAGACACCCGACCACCUUCCUGUUCAGGCUUCAGCAGAACAGCCAAAAGUGGAAGAAGGAGAGAGGCGCUCAGUAUUUUACGCAAGAUCCAAGAAGGCAUGUCCUGAAGCAGUUCCUAAAGAACUGUCUUCUGAAGAUGGGCGUAGUGUUUUUAAAGCCGAAAAAAGCCAAAAAGAAACAGAAGAGGCUCAAGAGGUUCAAGAUGCCAGAGAUGUUCAGAUAGACUUACCUGUGGACCAGAUGAAGGAAGAUGUACAGAUGAAGGAAGAUGAUCAAUAUGAGGAUCAGAAUAACCAGGUCUGCACUUGA